AUCUAAGUAAGUAGUCUUUAAUAUAGUAGGCUCUUAGUAAAUAAUUGUUGAAGUAAUUUAUAAAUUAAGCUUUCCCUUUCUUUCCUUGUGUGUUCCUGUCCAGAAUGGGAGGCAGUGUACCAAGCUUAAAAAGAUUAGGUUAAAGUCAAAUUAUGCUCAUAAUGAACAAAUCCCCCUGAGCAGGAAUAGGAAACCUCUAGAAUUGCUGCAAGUGAUACCUGAAGCACUUUUAGGGGCCCAGCUAUGUAACUAGCUAAGCCUUGGGUGCCAGAGAUAUCUGUACUUAGCCAUGAUAGACUAAAGACACUCCUAACUCCUGCACUAGAGUAUUUACAAUGCCAUGAGACAUGUCAGAUCAUGAAUACCUUGGUUUCUGCUUAAAACAAUCUUUUCUGUAAUUGUUCUUUUCAAAGGACUUUUCCCAAGAAUACUAAAGACUACAAGCCUGUGAGAGUUUUUUUGCCUCUCUUUCUAGACUUAAACAAUUAAUGAAAUGAUUCUUAAUCACAUUCAGUGAAGGCAGCUGAGUAAAAUGUUUUAAUUGAACAACUUUCAACUGACUGAUGAAGACUUUCUCUUUUUUUUUUUGAGACAAAAGUCUCGCUCUGUCACCCAGGCUGGAGUGCAGGGGCGUGAUCUCAGUUCACCGCAACCUCUGCCUACUGAGUUCAAGCAAUUCUCCUGCCUCAGCCUCCUGAGUAGCUGGGAUUACAGGUGUGCACCACCACACCCAGCUAAUUUUUGUAUUUUUAAUAGAGAUGAGGGUUUCAUCAUUUGGCCAGGCUGGUUUCAAACUCCUGACCUCAGGUGAUCUGCCCACCUCAGCCCCCCAAAGUGCUGGGAUCACAGUCAUGAGCCACCACGCCCAGCCUGAUAAAGAGAUUAACAUGAAAAUAUAUUAAUAUAGAACUUGAAACAAAAAUUAUCCCCCUUCCCUGAAAUCCCAACAGUGUCAAAAUGUUCAGAUUUUAUAAAUCACACCCUCAUAUACACCAAGGGUGCUGAAUGAACCACACUGAAAACACACUUGCUGUAAGGUUGGAAGGAGCUCCUGGGUGAUUCUCUCCCUGGGCUUGAGCCUGAGCAGUUACUGAGGUCACAGUUGUGUGAUGGAACAAACCCUUUAUUGGAUUCCUGAUCUGAUUGAAGCCCAGAAGUGGUAGGUAGCACAGCUUAAAAGUAGGUAAAUAUCAUGAUUUUGUAGGAUUCUAUGCUAAGUCCUUUUUUACAAAUCUAUUAUCUAUGAGAAUUGAAGGUAUUUUUUUUAAAGAAAUGAUUAUUUUGAGGUAUGGGGAUGAUUUCACAGCACCUUUCAAGUGCCUGAAUUGUUGAGCCAUUCUGGAGUUCCCAGCUCUGUGACAGAGUCACUGGCCACAUGGCAGUUUCAGAAGUUAAACCAAAACUUAAGCUGAAUCCUCUAACAAAAGUACCCAUCUCCCACAGUAAAAGGGAUAGAGACUUACCAGGAUCUCUUCAAUGCCAAUUACAACACAAAGAAAAGAAGCUAAGUGCUUCACAAAUGGCAGCUUUCCAAGAUGCCUACAACUUCUUCAACAAGGACAAAACUGGCUGUAUUGAUUUCCAUGGACUGAUGUGCACUGUAGCUAAGCUGGGAAUGAAUCUAACCAAGCAUGAUGUCUAUAAUGAAUUGAAAUGUGCUGAUAUUGAUCGAGAUGGGAAGGUGAAUUUCUCAGACUUUAUCAAGGUGCUAACAGAUAAGAAUCUCUUCCUCAAGGCGGUGGUUCCAGAAAAGGAGACCUGUUUAGAUUUAGCUGGCAACCCAGGAAUCCUAUUGUUUGAAAUCCUAUCAAGGCUUCUAGAGAUUUCAGCCCUACCCAGAAAGUCUAUAAUAGAAAUAGUAAGCUAUUUCCAAAGAAAAUUCCAGCAUACUUGCCCAGGAAUGUUGUGGAGUCCCUACACUACGGGCUAUGGAAAAAGGACACUUAAGCCAGACAUAUGCACACCUCCAAGCUCAAGCAUGGCUGCCUUUGCUAAUGCUGCCCGGAUUGCAAUAAUGAAAGAAAAUGAUUUAUUUAAAUUUCUUGAAGAGCUCAAGAGAUGCAAUUCUGGUUCAGAUAGCCCAUAUUCAAAAAUACCCAUCUUUCCAUUGUUACCUAAUGUGGAUGGGGUGGUGAUGGGAAAGCCAUUCAAAGACAUGCAGAAAUUAGAGAUGCUAAAAAGAAAGGAGCCUUUGAAUUUCUUUGAGGAUUAUUUUUUCCAUAAAAGAGACUGGAAAACACAGGUGAAGAGAGCUACUGAUACCUAUAAUUUAGGAAUUGCCCUUGAACACCGGAAAGAAAUGCUCAAUCUCUGGCAGAAGAUCCGAGGGGAUUUGAUUGGGAUAGACUCUAGAAAUGAGUCCUUUUAUGACACCUUUUCUACUUAUACAUGGUCCUGGAAUGUUUGCCAAGAAUUACUUUCUCCUAAGGACUUAAGGUUAUAUGAUGCCUAUGUGAAUAGAAAUUCCUCCCAUAACUCCAGAUCCUCUUCCUCAUCAGAUACCAGUGAAUGUGACACAGACUCAGGAAGAAAAAGAAAACGGAAAGGUUUAAAGGGAUUUCAACAAUGAAAUUUCUACAUUUUCUAAACAGCUCAUCACAAACUACUUUUUCAUAGUUAUCAAAAUUGUGGUUUCUUGCUUUUGACUAAGUACAUUCUUAGAAGCUGGAAAUUUUGACAUCUUUUGGAUUCUGACCAGUAAAAAAGUUUAAGUCAUAAAAUGGUUUCCCUUUCCUAAAUCUUUUUUUUUUUUUUUUUUUUUUUUUUGAGACAGUCUUCCUCUGUCACCAGGCUGGAGUGCAGUGGCAUGAUCUUGGCUUAAUGUAAACUCCACCUCCUGGGUUCAAGCCAUUUUCCUGGCUCAGCCUCCCAAGUAGCUGGGAUUACAGGCACCCACCACCACACCCAGCUAAUUUUUGUAUUUUUAAU